UUAUGCCCAAUAACCCAUUUGAACAAACUAUAACUAAGAUAAUGUUGAUUUGUCAGGACCUUCUCAGCCAGUCGUUUAUUAUGUGGAGUUGGUGGUCAGUUCAGGCGACAAGCAAGAUGAAAGCUUUCUUAAUGGUGCUGGUGUUUAGCAUGGCGUCGCAUGCUGUUGCCGUCCCCAUUCUCCAGGUAGCAGAAGCAUUUGCAGACGACCGCCCUGAGUAUGAGAUUUCCCCAGAGGAGGCUGGUGGGAAAUUUGAGGGCGAUAUGGAUAUAGAAGCUGACAUUUUUACGCACGAGAUGGCCCAACGGUCAAGUGCCCUUCGUCAUCAGCAGCUGGUACACUGCUACUCUGGAGUUGGAAGAAAUAGCAGAGGUGGUUCUCAGGCUCUGUCCCUGCAUAGUGGAUGUAUGGACAAGGGUAUCAUCAUGCACGAGCUGCUACACGCACUUGGCUUCUACCACGAGCAGAGCCGCGCUGACAGAGACGACUACGUCACCAUUCAUUGGGAUAACAUUAGGUUUGGGAAAAGCUCUAACUUCGACAAGUACGAACUCGGCUAUAUUCAACACCUUACCAACUACGACUACGGUUCUAUAAUGCACUACGGGAGGUAUGGCUUUGCUGCAGACAGGACCAAGCCCACCAUCACCCCUAAACGUGACGGUGCGACCAUUGGGCAACGCGUCGCUCUCAGCACAUCUGAUAUUAGUGAGAUAAGGCAAUUGUAUAAUUGCGGCGAAAGCGAUAGCACCAACACAGCGGCCACCAGCAAGCCAGUGACCCAAAAACCUGUGACCCAACAACCUGGAACCUACCUGUCUUUCUGUAACUUCGAUAGCGGCAGCCUCUGCGGCUGGACCCAAGACAGCUCGGACGAUAUGGACUGGACUCUGAAAUCCGGGGCCACGAGCUCAGCAAAUACCGGACCCAGUUCUGGAUAUGGCGGCAGUGGUAAAUACAUGUACGUAGAAGCGAGUGGGAAAUGGGCGGGUGCUGUGGCCAGGCUUCUCUCUCCACGUAUAUCUCACCCCGGCGGUUCCCAGCAAUACUGUGUGACCGUGUCCUACCACAUGUACGGGAACACCAUGGGGAACUUGAUGAUAGGUACCAAGCUCGGCUCCUCUUUGAAGACCAUGUACACACUGAAAGGAGAAAAAGGCAACUCCUGGAUAGAUAUGUGCCUUACUGUCACUAUUUCUUAUUCAGGAUCGUCCCUUCAGUUCUUCCUGGCAGGACAAAGAGGUUAUGAUUACAGGAGUGACAUAGCCAUCGACAACGUCAAGAUCAGCCGUGACCGAUGUUUACAACAGCAAUAA